GGCAUAAUGACCCCUCUCUGGGGUUUUUGAGCGGGAGAUGGCGCGUACGACUGCGGCAUGCCUUUUCACUGUGCAGUUUCUUUCAUGCAUAAUUGUAUGCCGUCAAGAUAGCAGCAGCAAUCGCUCGCGGGAGCAGAACUCUGUGUCCGAAUCUUCGAGAAGGUUCCGGACCGAGUUCCUAGAAGACUGGCCACACACACCAGGGUCGCCGUACUUUGACCCCAGCACCCCAGAUAACGUGACCGGCUUAGUUGGUCACCCAGUCACGCUCCUGUGCAAAGUGAAAAAUUUACAGAAUCGCACCGUAUCAUGGGUACGUCACCGCGACAUCCACUUAUUGACAGUGGGUCGCUACACGUACACGUCGGACCAGCGGUUCGAGGCGCAGCACAAGCCGCGCUCCGAGGAGUGGGCGCUGCGCAUCCGCAGUCCGCAGCGGCGCGACUCGGGCCAGUACGAGUGUCAGAUCUCCACCACGCCGCCUAUUGGUCACGCUGUGUACCUCAACAUCGUAGAGCCAGAAACUGAAAUCAUGGGUGGUCCUGACCUAUUUAUCUACGCGGGAUCCACUAUUAACCUCACGUGUAUAGUUAGACAUACUCCAGAACCUCCAGGUGCCAUCAACUGGAGUCAUAGAGGAAAGACGAUAAACUUCGACUCGACCCGCGGCGGGAUCUCGCUGGUGACGGAGAAGGGCGUGCACAGCAGCAGCCGGCUGCUCGUGCAGGCGGCGCGCACGGCGGACGCGGGCGCCUACCAGUGCGUGCCGGACAACGCGCAGCCCGCCGCCGUAAGGGUACACGUGCUCACUGGGGAAAGUCCAGCGGCCAUGCAAGGAGGUGCUCAUUGGACAAGGGGCUGUGGAUUGCCGUCGAUUUUAAGUUUACUAAGUGCGAUACAUUUAAGCAAACUUUUUACCGAUGUGAUCAAUAAAUGAACUUUUAAACAAUUGUGUAUAAACGUUGUGUUUGAAUGAAUUUUACGAUUUAAAUACUAUUCCAUAAAUGUAACAAAUUCCAUUUGUAAAUUAAAUAAAAGGUGUAAAGAUAGAAUAUAAUAAAUUUGAGAAAAUUAUUUAA